UUUCAUCUCUAACUCACAAACUCACAUCACAUCCUCUCUCUUCCCCCAUCUGCCCAUAACCAAGUGUCUCUUCCAGACAAUAUUUAUUACUUCGAGUUCACACUUCACCCACUUUUGGUACGCUUGAUUUCAUGUUAAAGGUUACUGUGGUUCCAUAGCUUUUUUCGGGCAUUCACGCAACUUAUUUGGUACAAGAGCAGAAAUAAAAAAUGGUAUCGGGAAUGAAGGCCAAAAACAGGAAAAGCCCAUCUGUACAACUCGAUUAUGUCAUCACUAUUAUAGAGAUUAAACCAUGGCCUCCAUCUCAGUCAUUAAGAUCACUUCGUUCUGCUUUGAUUCAGUGGGAACAUGGUGACAAGAAUUCAGGGACUACUAAAGCAGUUACCCCUGUACUUGUUCCUGGUGCUAGUGUUGGUGAUGGUAAAAUUGAAUUCAAUGAAUCGUUUAAGCUUCACUUGACAUUGAUGAGAGAUAUGUCGAUCAAGGCUGGGGACAGUGACACUUUCUUAAAGAACUGUGUGGAGUUGAAUAUGUAUGAACCACGAAGGGACAAAAUAGGGCAGUUGUUGGCGACUGCUGUUGUGGAUUUUGCAGAGUAUGGUGUUGUGAAAGAUGGUUUGAUUGUUAGUGUACCCAUGAACUGCAAGAGGACUUUCAGUAAUACGAGUCAGCCUAUGCUUUUUCUAAAAAUUCAAGCAUUUGAGAAGAACAAUCGUGUGAGAUCUUCAUCUGGGGAUAGUUUAGUCAGAGAAGGAUCAACGGAGAUGAAUGAAGAAACCGAGAGUGUCUCAAUUACUGAUGAUGAUGUAUCCUCCUCAAAUGGGAGUUCAAACCCUCACAAAGAGAAGGAAGCUGAGGACAAAUGUGGAAGCAUGGAUAGAGUAGUUAGCAAUCAAGAAAUCUUGGUUCAAGAUAAAAGUAAAACCAUUGCUGCUGAACAAAAAGAUGAAGAAUUAAACACCAAUAUGAGGAGUGGUAAAGUGGAUGAUCAGACAUCAUCAAAUAUAGAUGAAAGUCAAACCAUGGGGGAUCUUGAGUCUAACAUUUUAAGUUGUGAUAGAUUAAAAAAAGUGAAAUCCGGACAUUCCCUGUUGGAUUCAGGAUCUUGGAAGAGUAGUAGUGGGAAAGAUGGUUUUCAUGGUGGCAAUGAAAGGAAAGAUAUCAACAAGUUACAACAAUUACAGCGCAGGGUACAGAAUCUUGAAAGCGAGCUUAAAGAAGCUGCUGCUAUUGAAGUUGGUCUUUACUCAAUAGUAGCAGAACAUGGAAGUUCUAUGAAUAAAGUUCAUGCGCCAGCUAGGCGUCUUUCUAGGCUAUACCUUCAUGCAUACAAACAGAUUUCACAAAGAGCAAGUUCAGCAAAAAGUAUUGUUUCCGGAUUGAUUUUGGUUGCAAAAGCUUGUGGAAACGAUGUCCCAAGGUUGACUUUCUGGUUGUCAAACUGUGUGGUAUUGAGAGCGAUAAUAUAUGAUGCUUUCGAGCAAGAUCACAUGAGCAAAAAGAAGAAAGAAUCUUGUAGAAACGAAUGGGAGAAGCCUUGUCAAUUCACUUGUUCCAUAGAAAAAGUUGAAUCUUGGAUCUUUUCACGAAUCAUUGAGUCAGUCUGGUGGCAGACGCUUACUCCAUAUAUGCAAUCAACGGCUGCAAGGGCUAUUGUUAGAAUUGUAGAUUCAGAAUGUAGUAAAAAAACAUCACGUGAGCAAGAACAAGCAAACUUCUCAAUGGAGCUAUGGAAGACUGCUUUCAUGGAUGCCUGUGAAAGGAUUUGUCCUGUUCGAGCUGCUGGACAUGAUUGUGGCUGCUUGCCUGUGCUUUCGAGAUUGGUAAUGGAAGGGUGCAUGGGGAGAUUAGAUGUGGCUAUGUUUAAUGCUAUUCUUCGGGAAUCUGCUGAUGAGGCUCCAACUGAUCCUGUAUCAGACCCAAUCAGUGAUGCAAGAGUUCUUCCUGUUUCAUCAGGGAAACCAAGCUUUGGGGCUGGUGCACAGCUCAAAAAUGCAAUUGGAAAUUGGUCGAGGUGGCUGACUGAUUUAUUUGGUAUCGAUGAUGAUUUCGUUUAAAUCUUUUCAUCUCCUGAAUGC